UUGUCAACUCUCCCGUUGCAUCACAUUGUAACUGGACCAACCAGAACUGCUAAACCAAUAAAGUGUGCUGUCUUGGGAACGUCUCGAUAAUGUCGCAUGUUGACAGAGCUGAACGCCUCAAGUCGCGCAAGCCAAUCCCGACACCUGUCCCUGCAUAUCUAGGAAAAGCGGGAUCUCCGUUAACGGUAGACAAAGCCUUGUAUGCGAGGAUCCAGGCCGCUCCGCGGCAGUUGCUUGAAGAAUUCACGCUCCCCAUCCGAUCUGGAAAGGCAUGGCGAGCCCCAGCUGGAUCAGUGGUGCGAAUAAGCACGCCGGAAGGUCCGCAGGUUGGCGACUUGAAUAUCUGGAACGCGCACAAUCCUCGGGAACGCUUCUGGGCAAGCCGCACCAAGCAGCUGCACGCCUCGCACGUCACGACCUACGACCGGCUCUGGUCCUGCCUGCCGUACAUGCGGCCAAUGGCCACCAUCAUUGCCGACAGUCUAUCGUGGUACGGUGUCGACGAGCACGGCGGCCGCGUGCAUGACUUGCUAGGCACACGCUGUGAUCCGUACAUCAACAGCGUGCUGGCGGGUGAGGAGUAUGACUAUCAUUGCCACUCCAACUUGACGAGAGCCGUCAUUCCGUUUGGGCUGUGGGAGUCAGAUGUGCACGACGUGAUCAACCUGUUCCAGGUCACGGGCUUGGACGCCCAAGGCCGGUAUUUCAUGAACCCAUGCCCAGCGCAGGCCGGGGACUAUAUCGAGUUUCUUGCGGAACAGGAUCUCCUCAUGGCCCUGAGCACUUGCCCCGGUGGCGACCUAUCACUUUGGGGAUUUGGAGCCGAUAGCGAGAAGGAGAUGGAAAAGUGCUGCCGGCCACUCAAGGUGGAAGUAUUCCAGCUCGAAGACGAAGGCCUGCUUGAGACGAGUGGUUGGAAGCGAGCCAAACCAGCCAACUAUGGAGGAAAGCACGGAAUGACGGUAUGGGAAGGCGAGCCUGAGAAAAAGGCCAACGAAGGUGGUCUUGGUCCUUAGCAGACUAUAAGAAAGACGAGACACUGAAAAAUUCAUGUAUACCUAAGGUAGCCAGGACUGAACCAAUCAAUCGCCUGACGAGUAUUGCCC